AUGAAUUCCAUCAUCAAAUCUCGAAACAAUGGAAAAGUCUCCAUCACAGUCGUCCUCUCAUACGUGUCCGAUUGGAUAAUCUUGAUUAUUGCUGGAGCUUUAGGAGCUGUAUUCUCCUAUCAAACACCCAACAAACGUCCUUUCUCAGUUGUCGAUCCAGAUAUCAGUUAUCCACAUCAAAACCACGAGAAAAUCUCGACAGGUUUACUGGCCGUGUUGGCCCUCGUCGUCCCCGCACUCAUCAUUCUUCUCGUUACAUUUACUCUCGUACCUGGACCAACUGUUCCAAAAUCGAUACCAAAAGCUCUGAUAUGGAAACGGAAAUUAUGGGAACUUCACGCAUCUUGGCUCGGGCUUGGAUUAUCUCUUGCCUUGGCAUUCGUCAUCACCAAUGGGAUGAAGAAUCUUUUCGGGCGACCACGACCAGAUUUGAUAUCGAGAUGUGAUCCUGACAUGGCCAAUAUCGCCAAGUAUGCUGUUGGAGGUGGUACCAGACCUGAAGGAAUUGUUCUAGUUGAAGCAGGGAUCUGUCGGCAAACAGAUAGCUCUAUCCUUAAUGAUGGGUUCAGAUCGUACCCCUCUGGUCAUUCAUCAUUUUCUGCCGCGGGACUCGUCUACCUUAGUCUUUUCCUUGCAUCCAAACUUGCCUUGACUGUCCCAUUUCUGGCACCUCGAUCUUACACCGCCGAUUCCUCGCCAUAUCACUCCGCAUUUCCCUCCCGCAAUCCUCCACGCCAUCAACGAAAUGAGUCCGACCUCUCUGGCAAAAAUCUGGAUAGUUCAGCAGCUCUCACGUCCGGCCACAACGACAACUUGAUCGCCUCACGUAACCAAGCUGCAGCGCCACCCCUCUACCUUCUGCUCAUCGCUAUCAUCCCUACCUUAUUAUCCAUCUAUGUCUGCUCUACUCGCUUCUCCGAUUUCCGACACCAUGGCUUCGAUAUCUUAUUCGGUUUCUUCAUCGGUACCACCGUCGCCAUCUUCUCAUUCCGCUUCUAUCAUCUCCCUCUCUCCCAAGGCGCAGGCUGGUCGUGGGGUCCUCGAAGCUCAGAUCGUGCGUUCUGGGCUGGUGUGGGCGUGGGUAGUUAUGUGAAAAGUCCGAAUAGUCCAAUAGGGGGACUGCAUCAUCAUGACCAUAAUACAAACUAUGAAAGUCAUGGUGCAAGGAUGGGCGAUUUGGAGGAAGGACGACUGGACAGUGCACAUGGUCACGAUAGAAAUGUGAGCAAUUUUGAAGUAGGGAAUAAUCCGAAUUCGAUGACGAUGUAA